AUGGAGCUCGUUGAAGAGAAGAUUAGAGAAUUCAUCAAAAGCAACGAAAGGGCGAAGUGGAGACCAGUGAACAAUCAUAAUAUAAAUAACUUCACAGAAGAUGAGAUUAAAAUGAUUACCAAGAACUACAGAAACCCCAUAGGCAAAGGUGCCUUUGGAGAAGUUUACCGAGGCGUUCUUGAUGAUGGUAGUACAGUUGCAGUCAAGAAAUAUAUCUGCCAGAAUUUGAAAGACGGGUUUGCUAAGGAGAUAACUGUUCAUUGCCAAAUCAACCACAAGAAUGUUGUUAGGCUUUUGGGCUACUGUUUAGAAGAAAAUGCUUUAAUGAUGGUCACUGAGUAUAUCCCUGGAGGAAACCUCAAAGAUCUUCUCCAUGGCAGCGAUGAUCACAUUUCUUUAGAUGCAAGGUUGGGUAUUGCUAUAGAAUGUGCUGAGGCAUUAGCAUGCAUGCAUUCAUUGUCUCAACCAAUCAUUCAUGGUGAUAUCAAACCUGAUAACAUACUUCUAGAUGAGAACUGGGGUGCAAAAUUAUCUGACUUUGGAAUAUCAAGAUUGCUUUGCAUGGACGGAACUGAUUACACCAUGCACGUAGCAGGAAGCAGAGGUUACAUGGAUCCAGAGCUCUUUGAAACUGGACGCGUCGAUCCUAGAAAUGAUGUUUACAGUUUCGGGGUUGUUAUGGUAGAACUUGUUACCAGAGCAAAGGUAAAUGAGAAUGGCAUGAGUACCGGAGUCACGAGAAACUUCACUCAAGCUAUUGAAAAGGGGAAAACAGCAAGAACGAUGUUUGAUACUAAAAUAGCAAGCGUGAGCAACAUGAAAGUUCUGUACAAGAUAGGGAAGCUUGCAGCUGAAUGUCUCAGAAGGGAUAUAAAAAAUCGCCCUGAAAUGAAGGAUGUUACAGAACGUCUCCGGGCUCUUAGAAAAGCUUACUGCCAGCAAGAUCAAGAAAAAACAGGUCAGUGGUCAAUGAAAAAUGUGAACCGAAAAGGACAAAGCAUUUCCGGUUCUAAGUCUACUAUGCUGUACAAGCUGAACAAUUUGGGCAUGUUUAGUAUUUGGAACGCACGCAGGAAUUUCAUGAGGAAUGCAGGUCCGACAGUAGACCAAAUACAAAACCUGAGGGUUUUCACAAAAGAAGAAAUAAGAAAAAUCACCAAUGGUUAUUCAUCAGAUGUAAUUGCCAAGUGCUCAUCUUGUGAGGUCUACAGAGGGACUCUUGAGGACAACAAAUUGGUGGGCGUGAAUAUAGAGACUGUGAUGGUAGAUGAAGCCCAUAGUGAACACUUUAUAAAUAGCAUGCUCAUCUAUUCUACCAUUCUCCAUAAUAACAUGGUCAAACUAUUGGGUUGUUACCUGGAGGCGGAUGUCCCAAUAUUGGUGCAUGAGUUCGCUGCAAAUGGGAAUCUCCAGGACAUCCUUCGUGGCAACUACAGCUUCCCGCUUGGUAUACGUCUAGACAUCGCAGUUGGAUGCGCGGAAGCGUUAGCAUAUCUGCAUUCAAAAUCCUUUGCAUUUGUGGGUGCUAACAUCACACCCGCCAACAUACUGCUAGAUGACAGUUUGGUACCAAAGGUCUCGGGGCUUCUCUUCAUAUGUCACGGCAUCACUAGUACAUCAAGCGAUGUUUACUGCUUUGGAACUCUCCUCUUGGAACUUAUAACCAGGAAACAAGGAGGGUAUCGCAACAACAGCCCGCAGGAACUUAGGAAAGCUUACAUGAAAGAAGGGCACACCAUGUUUGACAAGGAGAUAGCGGCGAAGGCAAACAUGUUCAUACUUGAAAGGAUCCAGAUGGUUGCAAUGGACUGUUUGAAACUGGAUGAAUUAGCGCGACCGAAAAUGGCAGAGGUGGCAGAGCGGCUUCUGAGGCUUAAAAAUGUCGAAAGCAAGGGAAGCGAACUGCAGGAGCUCUCGAUGUUGAGGAGGUUGGUGGCUUCCAGUAUCAGCAAAGCUAGAGAAAACACUACCCCGGCCACCUGA